UCUGCAGCAUUUUGGUUUGUCGAAAUAUAGGUUAUGUUUAUGUUGAUAUUAAAAUUGAAAUUUUAUGAAAGUCAAUCUUUUAUUUAAGAGAAAUGUGAUAACUAACUUAUAAUCAAACAACGAUGAAUAGUUGAUGAUGAUAUACUUUCAGUAUAUCUCACAAUCAAAAUAGAGCAAUUUUAUAAGAGUAGAGCUACUUAAUAAUCUGAUCCCAACAAUCCACGUUAUGUAAACAAAACCUUCAAGGUGUCUGUUGAAUAUGAAAUAUCUUGUUGAUAUAUUUUCCACAGUUUUUAAUUUCAAUGGAGCAUCAUAUUGUAUCUUGUUUACCAUUACUCUCUGCAUCAAUAAGCACAUUCUAUCCUCCUUCAACUUCACCUAUCCAACAGUGCUUCAAGGAUGGCAAACUGCUACAACUACACUUAUAAUGUUUCUGCUAAAAUCAGUUGAUAGAGAAAAGUACAAGGAAUCAGUGCACGCUCCUGGUUUCACCAUAUUUGCUCCUCAUCUUGUUUUCCAUGUGCUGCAACUUGUAACCGGAUCCAAAGCACUUUCUCUGCUUCCUGUUCCAGUAUUUCUAUGUGGUGUCAAUACAUCAGAAGCAAUAAUCAAUUUAGUAUUAAAGUCGGAUAAUAGAUUCAUAAAUUUAAUAGGAGCCUCAGUAAUUCUUACAUCUGGGAUCGUUCUACUUUGGAAAUACUAUGAGUUGACAAAAGUGGGCGCUUGCGUUUGGUUUGUGGCCUACAUAGUUGUGUUCACAGCCGAUUCUCUGUACUGUGGCCUAGUCGACAUGAAAGUCAACCGACUCAGUCGGCUGUUCUACAUCAAUCUUUUCAGUGCCAUCACUCUAUUUCCGUUGAGCGUGGUCUCCGAGGAAAUCUACGAGGCAGUGGAGUUUGGCUGGACCAAGGGUGCUCUGUUCUCCAUGUGUUUUGUGACCAGCGGUGUAUGCACUGGCAUCACACAGCUGCUUGCAUUACAGUUACAGUUGCAGUCUGCAGGAGGAAGUAGACGCGCGUCUACAGCCGCUCUUUUGUUGUCUGCUUGCUGUGCGCAUGCGCUGUUCGUUGAGCGCACCUUCGCCUCUCCGCUCUUCCAUCUGGUGUUCGUCAACUUGGCCUCCAAUCUGCUGCUAUUUAGCCCCGCCCCCGAUCAUUCGGUCUUCGGAGAGUACACCAAACUCGAGUUGGAACUCGUUUGAAACUAUAGUACAAACUCUAAAGUCUGGUUUUCACUUGUAGAGUUAGUGGUCGAGCUUCUGGCAUACUAACUCUACCGAGCUAACUCAACUCUUCUUACUUGGUCGAGCAACUGUUUCCACUACAAUUGAGAAUAGUAGGUGAACUGUGUUGUCUAGUGAACAGAACUAACCUUAAAAUGUCAAUACAAAACAUUCAUUAUUGCCGUUCAGUCACACCAGUUUUACAAAAAGCAUUGAAAUAUGCUUAAACUGAUAGUUUUUAAACAUUAUUGAUAUGUUCUUAAACUUAAUAGCCUAUGGCACGACUCUACUCUACUAGUUCGAGACUGUUUUGAUUAGCAUAGUAGUGGUAGAGUAGAGUGAGAAGAGAAGCGGUGGUGGGGGAAGGCAAGUGGUAGAGUACUAUCCCUCUCUACUCUACUAAAAACUAGUACUCUACCAACAACGUUUACAUUGGGAGAGUUUUCAAGAUAGUAGUCGUCUUAUCAAAAAUACCUUAUUCAUGUGUUCAACAAUACAAAAUCCAUUUCACGUUCUAUAGUGAGGUCCACGUUAUAAUGGCAAUGGAGAAAGAUAGGAGAACAACGUUGCCGAACCUGUCUUGUCAAUAGACCUUAGCUGAUACAGGUUUAUUAAUGUAGUCUAAUAUUAACUGUUCAUUUUCGUUUAGAAUGAUCAAUUAUAUUCUAUUAAGCAUUAAAUUAUAUUUUAGAAUAAUUUCAUAAUGAAUUUUUAUAAUUAAGAUGCAAUAUUUUGUUAAUCAAUGAUUAAUUCUACAUUGUUAAAAGACGGGUUGGCAACAGAGCAAAGAAAGAAAGGGAUCAGCUUUGUUGAAUGAUAGACAAGGAUAGCAUACAAUUAUUGCCAUUAUAACGUGGACCUCACUAUAGCGUUGAAGAUAAUUACCAGUAAGAAUAGAAUUCAAUGAUGAAUCAUCAUAUCAAUCUACAAACUGAAGAGUUUUACAAUAAUUUCGAUCAAAGAAAUGUGAUGAAAUAUGCGAAAGUUGAGGUAUUUCUGUAAUGUUUUCACAUGAAACGGUGAAGUUUGGACCUUGAGUUGUCCAUUCUCAAAAAGGGUAUCGAGGAUUUUUACACUUGACUGUAGAGGAAAACAGUGUUGCCGAUUCUCCGCCUUGCCACUGCCUUACAUACCGGUAUAUCCGCACUGAUACUUCCAUAGCUGAUACUGGUAUAUCUAAAGUGAUAUCAACUAUUCAUUCUUGUUUAUAAUAAUCACUUAUAUUUUAUUCGUCAAGAAAAUAUAUUUUUUAAAUAAUAAAUUUGUAUAAUUAAG